AUGAUUAUUCGCGACGUCGGAGACGUACUCUGCUUUGAGAUGGAGGCUGCUGGGCUGAUGACCGAAUUUCCUUGUAUUGUUAUUCGCGGUAUCUCUGACUACGCUGACUCUCAUAAGAAUGAUGAUUGGCAGUACUACGCGGCUGCAACUGCUGCGGCAUGCACCAAGGAGCUGCUCGGCUACAUAAAUUGA